GCCUCUUCUUUCCCUGGACUUCGGGAGCAGCAGGCGGCAGCCGCACCACGCUGGAGCGGAGCCGGAGGACUGCGCGCUCGGAAUUGGCGCCUAGAGAAACCUCCCCAGCUUUCCGAGGAUGCUAACCAGCUGAGAAGCAAGCAAGACAACUGUGGUGACAGUCGCCUGGAGCCUGCUGCCAGCUCUUUCUCCCCAGAUCACAAAAACAUGGAAAUUGGGGUGUCCGUGACAGAAUGUAAAAGUGUACCUGGAGUCACCUCUACUCCCCAUUCCAAGGACCACGCCUCCCCUUUCUAUUCGCCCUCACACAAUGGCCUCCUCACUGAUCACCACGAGUCUUUAGAUAACGAUGUUGCCAGAGAGAUCCAAUACCUAGACGAGGUGCUGGAGGCCAACUGCUGUGAUUCCUCUGUGGAUGGAACUUACAACGGAAUCUCCUCCCCAGAGCCUGGUGCAGCCAUCCUGGUAAACAGCUUAGGCUCACCUGCCCACUCAGCCACCGAGGCAGAACCCACUGAGAAAGUGUUUGGUAGGCAGGCCCCUCCUCACAUCGAGCUCAGUAGAAGCCCCUCUGACAGCAUGGCUGAAGGAGAAAGAGCCAAUGGACACUCCACUGACCAGUCCCAAGACAUGCUGGGGAACAGCCUGCAGGCACCUGCCAGCCCCAGUUCCUCUACCAGCUCCCGCUGCUCCUCCCGAGAUGGGGAGUUCACACUCACCACACUGAAGAAGGAGGCCAAGUUUGAGCUGCGUGCCUUCCACGAGGACAAGAAGCCCUCCAAGCUCUUUGAGGAGGACGAGCACGAGAAGGAGCAGUUCUGUGUCAGGAAAGUGAGGCCCUCUGAAGAGAUGAUCGAGCUGGAGAGGGAGCGGAGGGAGCUCAUUCGGAGUCAGGCUGUGAAGAAGAAUCCUGGAAUCGCCGCCAAGUGGUGGAAUCCUCCCCAGGAAAAAACUAUUGAGGAACAGCUGGAUGAGGAACAUCUGGAGUCACACAGAAAGUACAAGGAGCGCAAAGAGAAAAGGGCCCAGCAGGAGCAGCUACAGUUACAGCAGCAGCAACAGCAGCAGCUGCAACAGCAGCAGCAACAGCAGCAGCAACAGCUGCUACAGCAGCAGUUGCACACGUCCCAAGUCUGCACAACCCCAGCUGCUCACGAACACCUCGAUGGCAUUGAACACACAAAGGAGGAUGUCGUCACUGAGCAGAUUGACUUCUCAGCUGCACGCAAGCAGUUCCAGGUGAUGGAGAAUUCCAGGCAAACACUGGCCAAGGGCCAGAGCACACCGAGGCUGUUCUCUAUCAAGCCUUUCUACAAACCUCUUGGAUCCAUCAACUCGGACAAGCCACCGAGCAUCUUGCGACCAGUUACUGUCGGGGGAACUCUGGAAGACAGUGGCACACAGGCAGGCAAGGAGCAGAAAGCUACCUGUGUAUCUGAGAGCCAGUCUGCAGGAGCAGGUCCAGGUAAUGCUGCCACUCAGGGAAAGGAAGGACCAUACAGUGAGCCUUCCAAACGUGGGCCCUUAUCAAAACUGUGGGCAGAGGAUGGAGAGUUCACAAGUGCCAGGGCUGUCCUUACUGUGGUCAAAGAUGAAGAUCAUGGGAUUUUGGACCAGUUUUCAAGAUCGGUCAAUGUAUCUUUGACCCAGGAGGAGCUGGACUCAGGUUUGGAUGAGUUGUCAGUGAGGUCUCAGGACACUACUGUCCUGGAGACUCUGUCUAAUGACUUCAGCAUGGACAACAUAAGUGACAGUGGAGCUUCUAAUGAGACACCCAAUGCCCUUCAGGAAAACUCACUGGCUGAUUUCUCUCUGCCUCAGACUCCCCAAACAGACAACCCCUCAGAGGGCCGAGAAGGGGUCUCCAAGUCAUUCAGCGAUCAUGGUUUCUAUUCUCCUUCCUCCACACUGGGAGAUUCCCCAUCCGUUGAUGACCCCUUGGAAUAUCAGGCUGGGCUCCUGGUGCAGAACGCCAUUCAACAAGCCAUAGCCGAGCAGGCGGAUAAGGCUGAGCCGCACACCAGCAAGGAGGAAUCAGAACAGCAGGAACCUGAAGCAACGGUAGAGGAAGCUGGAAGCCAGGCUCCUGGCUCUGAGAAGCCCCAGGGCAUGUUUGCACCACCUCAGGUGUCCUCUCCUGUUCAAGAGAAAAGGGAUGUAUUACCAAAGAUCCUCCCUGUGGAGGACAGGGCACUCAGGGAAAAGGGGCCCUCCCCACCACCCACUACUGUGCAGCCCAGCGGUCCAGUCAACAUGGAAGAGACCAGGCCUGAAGGAGGAUACUUCAGCAAGUACUCAGAGGCAGCUGAGCUGAGAAGCACAGCCUCCCUCCUGGCUACUCAAGAGUCUGAUGUCAUGGUUGGGCCCUUCAAACUGAGGUCAAGGAAGCAGCGGACUUUGUCCAUGAUUGAAGAAGAGAUCCGGGCAGCCCAGGAAAGGGAAGAGGAGCUAAAGCGACAGAGACAAGUGAGGCAAAGCACCCCAAGUCCCAUGGCCAAGAACGCCCCAUCGCUGCCUUCUAGAACCACCUGCUACAAAACUGCUCCAGGGAAAAUAGAGAAAGUCAAACCUCCUCCAUCCCCCACAACUGAAGGUCCCAGCUUGCAGCCUGACUUAGCCCCCGAAGAGGCUGCCGGAACCCAGCGGCCCAAGAACCUGAUGCAGACCCUCAUGGAAGACUAUGAGACACACAAAUCUAAAAGGCGCGAGAGAAUGGAUGAUAGUAGUGUCCUGGAGGCCACACGGGUUAAUCGAAGAAAGAGUGCUCUGGCCUUGCGCUGGGAGGCAGGGAUUUAUGCCAACCAGGAGGAGGAGGACAAUGAAUAAACUUCCUUCAGCCCAGGAAACUCCUUUGCUGUAGGAGUUUCUGAAAAGAAAUCAAGAAAUUAUUGAAUCAGAAGCAUUUUAAUAGACUACUUAUUAAAGUGCAUACAAACUCAACAACCCUCAUGUAGACCAGAAUCUGCAAUACUCAAUGAGAAAAAAUAAAACAAAACAAAAAAGCAAAGUGAUGUGAACAGGAAGUUCACCCAUCAAACUCUGAGACCAGGGGCAGAGGAGAAAGGGUAUCUUUGUGACUCAAAGAAACUCCUGGCUUUGGACCAUUCCACAACUGAUCCAAAGGGACACAGACAUGACAAACGAGUCAACAUAGUUGCUGCAGGCAGAACUGAAGCCAGCCUUGGCUGGAUGUUGCGGAGGAGCAAACAGUGACGUGGCCAUUCCAGGGCAACCAACAGGGCCCAGGCUGGUACAGCCUACAGCACACAGGCUAUCCCCUCCACACCAGCUUCCUACCCCUUUCUCACUUGAGGCAUCAGAAGUGUUGGGUUCACUCCAUUUUCUCCAGCAGCCAUAAAAAUGAAUGGUGUUUCUUUCCAUGGUUGCCCCAAAAUGGGACAAUGAGGAUUCAAUCUCUUUUACAUGUAAUCAUUUGAAAUUGGGAAUACCUAAUGGUCAUAAUAUGUAACGUCUGUAUUUUUAAGGCAAUAUCUCUUCAUGUUGCAGAUGCGAUCUAUUCUAUAGCAGAAGGUUGAGAAUGGUGGGGGAGAGAGCCAAACCAAAAGGGUUAUUAGCUUUAGAAACUUGUCUGCUUUUAUCGUUGACUGAUCAGUUUAGGGAAGCACACUUUCACGAUUAUGUUUCUUCAUAUGAAAAGUAUAUUUAGUGAGCAAUGGCUAUUUUUAUGAUGGGGUUGGGGGAACAGGAACACGGAUAAAACCUGUACACAUUUGAACAGCUUGGUUCAAGAUGGUAGGGGUAUUUUUAGAAUGGCAAUAAUUGAAAAUAAAAGGGGGGCAGACUCUGCCUUAGAAAGGUAGAUGGUCAGAAAUAAGGAGUUUAUAACUAUUUUCUAUUUUAAAGUGGGCCUUAGAGGUGGUUGUGGUGUAGCAUGAAUUGUUUGGGAUCUGAGAAAGGCAACCUUAAAUUCAUAGAGAUAGAAAGAGAAAGGAGUGAGAGGGACAAAGAAUGGGAAAGGAAGAGAGGGAAGGAGACUAUUUUUGCUGAACAACCAGUGUUUUUCAGGAUGACAAAGAGAAAAAUAUAGAAAUUUAAGUGCAAACAUGGAAUCAGCUACAAAUCCUAAAGACGGUGUGUAUGCCUGCAUAUGCUUGUAUAAAGCAUGUGUGUUUGUGAGUAAAGGUAUGCUAGUGGUGAGUGUAUGUGUGUGUGUGUGUGUGUUGACCGUGACACAUGGGUGUACAGUAUUUCCUCCGUAGCUGUCUGUCAGCUUCAGGAGUGAGUGACAAUUUUCUUUUUUAUGAAAAGGGAUAUAAAGGCACAGGGCGGAUGCAGUAUUUCUAAUAUUGAGCUGACCUAACAUGGUAUUUGGAUGAGUCACAGUUGUGAAGUUUUGAGCAGUUUUGUAUUGAUAAUUUGACAUUUAGAACACACCCUAUUUAUUCUCAUGCUUUGUGUCCCUGCCUCAUGUACCACAGAGGAUGCCACUUCACUCUUUCAGUCAUUUCAAGCAAUAUGAUAAGGACGUUCACCAAUCAGGUGCCCUGAGUCUCUGGAUGAGAAAAUGUUUCAUUUCUGGCUGGGAAGGGGAGGCAGGAGGAGGGGAGAAGACAUGGAAGGGGAAGGAGGAAGAAAAAGAAGAAUUAACCAGCCUUCAUUAUUUUUCCUUUAUUUUAAAGCUAUUUCUUACAAACAAUAAUUAAAUCUGACCUUGCUAAAAUUCAUUUUUGUUUUUAUGUUAUUAUGUCAUAAGAUCUAAUAUGUUAUUCUAAUAAGUAGUGACUCUAUAAUGUUUAUAUAUACACUCCACACAUUAUCUUUGUUUUUUUUUUAUUAGACUAGUGUUGACUUUGGGGAAAGCUUAUUCACUGAUAAUUAGUGGGCACAAGGUAAAAAGAUGGAGUUGUCUCCUGGCUUAUAAGGAUGUUUAAAAGCUGCCAAGGGAAUAUGUAACUCCAAGGCAGAUUCUGCGGUCACUAGCCAAAAUCGUGUGUUAGAAGUGCGCACCGUCUUUAGACAGUUCGUUCUUUUAGACAGAAUAUUAUUAAAAAUGCUAGCCCCUGAGGACAGAAAGCAAAGGCAGAGAACCCUGUUGCAAGGCAUUGGCUUUAUGGUGAGGAAGGCAGGCCCAGAAGCAAAUGUCCUGGAAUGUGACAUCCACGUCAGACUAGAAGUCCCACUAGGUAGAUGGGCACAUUGGAGAAGGGUCAUCUUUGUCUAAGGAUUUCCAGCUGGAGGCCCCAAAUGCCUAGCCUGAUUACACAGUGAGAGGAAAUCAGUGAGAGGGAUCAGGAUGCAUGGAGGGGUGGGGGAAGGGUAGCUCCAGUGUCCUGGAGCCUCCCCACCCCUGUAAACAGUGGCAGUUAGAACCGAUGGAGAACAGGAUAGUACUGUGAGCUACUCCAUGUCUGCUGGUAUCUGCUAGAGACUGGAAGCAUCGCAGACCAGCUUGCUCAUUUUUCACAAAGGAAAACAAACAGUCCUCAUGACUUCCUUAAAUUUCUUGUCCUGUUUAGAAGGGAAAUGUGGACCCUUGUGGAGGUUACACUGAGGAAAGAAUUGGCACCCAGAGCCUACACAUUCCAUGGAGUGCCUUCGGUGACAGAUGAAGUGGUCUUUUGACGUUGAGGGAUUAGACUCCAUUAGUAGGUGAGGAGACACCCAGUCUCUUCCUGGUCACAAGGCUUUUAUCACUGGCCUUUCCAUUUCCAAGUUUUGCUGGUUUCUCUGAACUUCCCUCUAAAGACUGCCAUCUGUUUCCUUGCUCUCCUCCCUAACAGUUCUAGCAUAUUCUAUUAAGAUGGAAAUCACAGCUCCUUCAGAGAGCCAGCUUUUCUCUGUGUUCUUUGGGGACAUUUUUUGAUCAGGGAGUGGAUUUUGUUUGUUUUUUUUUUCUCAUUCAAGAAACAUUUGAGCCAUUGCUUUGGACAUAUCACUGUGCUAGGCUCUAGGAUCCCACGUGGGCCCCUGUCACUUUCCCAGUAUGGAACAGAUCUCAGAUCCCUGGAGGAAAGCCUUUCCUGCCCCAUAAGCCUGAGAUGAAGAGGCUCCUCAUUAGUUUUGCCUCGGAUGCUCGGCUCUACCCUGCAUCAGCACACAAGCUUGUUAGUCUCCGCUGUAAGAAACGCUUAGCUUCCGUAGAUGUUAAAAGCCCUUCCUGAAGGGAUCCCACACCACGGUGUUCAUACUCCAGAGCACUUUCCUCCAGAGCCUACGACUCGACAGCCUUGGCUUUCUCAUCUAGAAAUGAGGGAUGCAGGGUCUGUCAGUGGCAGAGGCUGGGCAGCACUUACAUGACAAUGGUGCGUGUCCUUUCCUCUUCCCCAUGCAUGCUGCCCACCCUAGGCAAUGGCAUAGAAACAGUAUAUAGACCAGUGCACACACACACAUACAUACACACACACACACACACACACAAGGAACACCAAAACAGUGUUGAUUGUUGUGUUUAAAGACAUGUUUUUUUUUUUCACCUGAAGAAUGGACUUAAACUAUGUAUUGAAAAAAAAUAGCCUAAUUGUUAGAGAUGGUGAAUGUAUCCAGUUUCAGUUACAAAGACAAUUUCCUGAAGUUUAAGCAUUCAGUGAGCUGCCAAUUUUGAUUUUGUGUUGCUCUUUAUCCAAAUGGCUUUUGCUUUUCUUAUUUUUUUUUUAAUUGGAGGAAGUAGGGGCGGGCGGGAAGCAGCAAUAUUGUGUUUGAAAAAUUAUACUCUGUACCUGGCUUUCCUGUGUUAUGUUAAUCACUUCAGUGUUUUUAUUCUGCUUUGGUUUUAUAGUGUCUGUGAGGCAUUCGGUGCAACUAUACAGUUAUUUUCUCAUUAAAACUCAACGUGUGUGGUGUU